GAAAGAGAGAAAGCAAAGAAGGACAGAAUCACACACAACAGAAUUCCCUCUCUGUCUGUUCUUUCCGUUUCCACCCCCUCUGCUUCAAUCCUUCUCCGUUCAUUCUCAUCGCCAAUUCUCUAAUCGCCGGUCGAAUUGACCUUCGCUUCUGCUCCCUUACUCGAGCUUCUGUCUCUAUUCGCAGUUACCUUGUUGCUGACACUGGUUUUUCUUCCUCGUUUCUUCUGUUUGUGAGAAAAUCAUCCGGCGCCCGCGCCGCCGAAGGAAGACUUCCGCUAGCGGUGGGUUGUGAAAUUCCCCCCCAGUUGGACUUCACAUGCCGUCCAAUUGUGGGAUGCAAUCUCAAGAUUUGACUGGGCGGUGAUGUGAAGUGGCGAGAAUGAAUGAAGGAGGGAUUAUGGGAUUAGAGUCCGCAGGUGCCGUCCACCAUUCCUCCUUUGCGGUUUCUGCUACAAGAUUUAUUGCCGCUACUACGUCUCGGCGCUCCUCUGUUGCUUCUUCUACUGAUACGACUUCUUCCUCUUCUUCCAAUCGGUGAUUGAUCGCUUCAUUUGCGGUUGGGUGAUUAAUGCGUUGAACUGAAUGGGGAGAGGAGGCCUUUGAUUGGUAAGUUUGGUGAGUUUUGGUGGGUUUUUGUGAUAUUCUUGUCGUUGGUCAAUGGAUGGGGACAAGGAGGGUACUGGUGAGGCUCAAGUGCUGGAAGGUACUUCGACGCCAUGGCAGCCGAGGCAGCUAGCUUUCAAGCCAUAUCAACCUUCUCACCGGUUGCAAACUGAGCGCGCUGUUGUAAAGAGACCUUUGGUGGCAAGAUUGACCAAAGACAUAGUUGAAACUUAUAAAAAGUGCAAUCCCCAAUUUAAAUAUUCAGAAGACUUAAAUCCGAAGAGAUAUUUGACCAGUCCAUCAAUUGGAGUUCUCAAUGAUGGCCAUGAUAAUCUAAACUCGGACCUUAUAUUGAGCGUGAAUUGCCCCUUGAUCAAUGUCGAGACUCAAAGAAGAUACGUUGUCAAAGAUGUCCUUGGCCAUGGGACUUUUGGCCAGGUUGCUAAAUGUUGGGUUGCGGAAACUAACAGUUUCGUUGCUGUAAAGAUAAUCAAAAACCAACCAGCUUAUUAUCAACAAGCACUUGUUGAAGUAUCUAUUUUGACAACGCUAAACAAGAAGUAUGAUCCUGAAGAUAAGCAUCAUAUUGUUCGUAUCUAUGAUUACUUUGUCCAUCACCGGCACCUGUGCAUUUGCUUUGAAUUGCUCGACACAAACUUGUAUGAACUUAUCAAGAUAAAUCAAUUUAGGGGGCUAUCUUUGAGCAUUGUGCAAUUAUUUUCCAAACAGAUCUUACGUGGAUUGGCGUUGUUGAAAGAUGCUGGUAUAAUCCACUGUGAUCUGAAACCAGAAAAUGUUCUUUUGUGCACAAGUUUGAAGCCAGCAGAAGUUAAGAUAAUUGACUUCGGAUCAGCCUGCAUGGAGGAUCGUACAGUCUACUCUUACAUCCAGAGUCGUUAUUACCGGUCUCCUGAAGUUCUUCUAGGGUAUCAAUAUACUACUGCAAUCGAUAUGUGGUCCUUUGGAUGCAUCGUUGCAGAAUUGUUUCUAGGGUUGCCUCUCUUCCCUGGGGCCUCAGAGUUUGAUUUGUUAAGGCGAAUGAUUGAAAUACUUGGACGACAACCUCCUGAUUAUGUACUGAAGAAUGCAAAGAACACCGGCAAAUUCUUCAAAUGUAUUGGCAGCAUUUGCAACUUAGAGGGCGUGGAGGCCUUUGGUGGCAGAACUGCGUAUCAAGCACUAACUAUAGAAGAAUAUGAAGCUAGAGAAAUGAAGAAACCAGCUAUGGGGAAGGAAUAUUUUAAUCGUAUGAACCUUGAGGCUAUUGUGACAAACUAUCCCUACAGGAAGAACUUGGCACAAGAAGAUGUUCUGAAAGGUGUAUUUCUUUAUCUAAAGAAUAUCUACAUAAUGACUUGUUUCUAUGUGUCUUCAUCUGUGUUGGAGAAGGACCUGAUGAAAUUUCGACUGUGUACAACAGAAAGCCAAAUACGAUUAGCUCUGAUUGAUUUCUUGAAGGGACUUGUUGAGUUUGAUCCUGCGAAAAGGUGGUCGCCUUUUCAGGCCUCGAAGCAUCCUUUUGUUACAGGAGAACCAUUUACAUGCCCUUAUAAGCCUCCUCCUGAGACUCCUCGCAUGCCUGUCGCUCAAAAUAUUAAGGUGGACCAUCAUCCUGGUGGUGGGCACUGGUUUGCUGCUGGUCUAUCUCCUAAUGUUCAAGGCAAGAUGAGGAAUUCCAUGCAUAACAGCCCACAUUUUCCGAUGGUUCCAUAUUCACAUGCAAGUAGCUAUGGUACUGUAGGAAGCCAUGGUAGCUAUAAUGAUGGCUUGGGCCUUGGAAGUAGCUAUGGAAGUUAUGGAGAUAGCAACAAUAUGCUGGCAUAUUAUUCACCAGUUAAUCAUUCUGGAAUAAACAUGCAUCCACAGCAUGGUCAGUCUAUGCUUGGUGGUAGCCCUGAUGCAAGGCAGAGAUUUGUCCAAUAUUCACAUGGGAAUGGGCUUGGUGUAAGCCCCUCAGCAGGGAAUUUUGCUCCUUUUCCACUCGGUGCAAGCCCCUCACAGUUCACUCCUCCAGCCUCUUACAAUCAGGUUUCAGCUGGUUCUCCUGGACAUUAUGGUCCACCUUCUCCUGUAAGGAACAGUUGUCAUGGAUCGCCUCUGAGUAAAAUGACAGCAGCUACUCAAUUCAAUAGGAGAAAAAAUUGGGGACAACAUUUUGAGAAUCCCUGCUCUAGCCAAGGUGAGGGAAUUGUCUUGGCCCCUGGUGGUCAGCCGUCACACCCGCUUCCAAAUUCUAGUACUGCAAGCUGGACGCAGCAACAAGGGGGCAGUUUUGUCCCAGGUCAAUCUUCGGUUCAGAAUGUGCCAGGCUCGUCGAGAUCUGGUAUUAGCAUUCCAUUUUCACAAAGCACUGGAUUAGAUCAUGACAAGCCUGAGGAUAAUCUGUUAUUGCCACAUCCGGGGGAUUGGGAUCCAAAUUACAGCGAUGAACUUCUUCUGCAAGAGGAUGUUUCUGAUGUUGGCUCCCUAAGUACUGAAUUCAGUAAAGGUGUCAAUCUUGGUUCAGGCGAUCAGUCAGCUACUCUAAGAAGAUCCAGCCAUCAAUCAAAUCUGAGCUCUUAUUCUUUAGUUCAAAGACAAAAUGGUUUUGUGCAACCAUUUUCACAUGUCAAUGUCGGAAGCCCUCCUUCAGUGCAUGAACUGCAUACUGGUAUCUAUGGCCGUUCAAUGCCAAAGCCGUCCCAUUUCACACCCCAUCUUCCUCAGAAUUCUCCAAGCCGAUUAGGACAGCAAGCCAGCCAUCGGGGUACUCAUGGGAGACCUUCUGCUUAUGGUGGGGAUUGGAAUAACAUCAAGGUUCAGCCCCCACAGUCUAGCUUUAGUUCUGGGGGCCCACGUUCUCCUGGAAGUAGUUCAUACAACAACGGCAUUCCCUUUGGACGUAGGGCCAAUUAUCCAGGACCAAGCAUUCCUCCUCCAACAUCUAGAGGAAGAAAAGAUUAUGGAAGAAUUGUGUAGUUUUUGGUUGUCAGCGAUUAUUUUGCUGCAAGGAACGCAAUGUAUUGAGCGUUGGAAAAGGAAGAGUUGUACUCAGUAGUCCACAGGCUUUGUGGACCGAUGCUUAGGAAAAUCUUCAUCCUCAUUCGUUCUGCUUGCAUAAAUAUAAGCUGUGUUGUUUUUCUUUUUCUUUCUCCUUUGGCUUAAGUUAUGCAUGUGCAGUCAGAUUUCAAUUUUUUGUCAUCCUUUCUCAUGUGCUGAUACCGCAUAGUGUGGAUCAUGAGUUUAUUUAUGCAAUGCGCUCAUUUCAGAUUGCCAUUAUUUGUCUUCAAUUGGAUCUAACUUGGUUAUUGAAGUGAUUGCAGUAGUUGCAGGGCAGUAAUUUCAGCCGGGUACCACGUAGAAGAAGUGAGAACUGGAGCUUGUUAUCAAAUGAUAACAGAUUGCUUUCCAGGUUUUUUUAGAAGUACAUAAGCUAUAUCUGGGUUUAUUUGUAUGGUUAUAUUGUCAACUAAUUGUGUUUUUGCUGCAUCAAGUUUACUGUGUCUGUUGCCAAGUUCUCACGAGUUUGGGAUCGCAUAGUAGACCGAUGCUAUGGUUUGCACUUACUGGAGAGGGAAAAGUACGUGUGGAGUUUUCUUUCCUUUUUGUACGGUUUUAUCAAGUCGCCGUAGUUAACCACUUGAUUGAGAUGCAGACAGCCUCCUAAAUCAGUUGCAUGAGUCUCUGUUAGGUAUCUGGACGUGCUAUAUUUCGUUUCAAUUGUUGCAUCGGCCUUGUAUGGAGCAAUAUUCUUAUUGAUCUAUCGGGUGGAUAUGUGUUUGUAAGGCGAAGUCGAUGUAUGUUGACUGAUUUUUUGUGGUAUGUUGGUGCUGGGGUUGCUUCUCUUCGUUGAAAGUAGAAAGAACCAUCUUUGUUUUGAAUAGAUAAAGGUGAUUGUUGUUGUUGGCUUUUCGGGAAUGAAUUUAGUGUGUGGUGAAU